UUGAAAUAUAAAUAAAAAUGGAGUCAGUCAUAACCCAAGAAAAAUAUAUCACAGAGCAAGAGGAGCAAGUCAGCACAGCAGUGAAAACUUUCAUCGAUCAUACCAUGUACAAGGACAAUAGAGGAUCUUUGAGGAACAACACAACUUUUAGAUUUGAGUUUGGCUGAAGUAACUGAGUGAAAAUCCUUAAAACUCUUAACAAAUGCUGACGUAUCAGAAGUGGAUUCCUGGAAUUAACAGAACUUAGCAAACUUCAUUGUACAAUCAGAUUCCUAGAGCAUGUGAAGAACUUGAUCUUAGACCUUAAGUGAUUGAAUGGGGCGUCUAAAAUUACAAGAUUAAGUGUAUUCCAAACAGCAAAAUUCAUCCAGAUUAACAACUUUGCCUGGGAAUUCAAAGAUUUUCUAAAAAUUAUUUGUUGAGCUUCUCUUGCCAGAUCAAUAACAUUUAACAAAAUUGAUUAAAAUCAAGUUCUCCAACAUUGUUGUAUAGUCUCCCCGAUAACUUACUUCAAAAAUAUUCGGAAGCAAUAGAUGCUGGAAAUAGUGAUGACCAGAAUGAGUUAUCAGGAAAUCCCAAAUGUGCUAAGAAACUAGUAUUCAUACGUGAAGAUCAAUUUCCUGUGCCAUUAUUAGUAGAAUCAAUCUCAAAAAUUUGAAAAUGAAAAUCAAUUCUCUCUCAGAAAGUUAUGAUUGUACUUGUAAGAUCUUCUCUGUCGAAUUUGCAGUUUCUUAUUAAGCAAUGAUCUCAACUUGGUCUCUAAACUAAGUUCUUGUCAAAAUUUCUAAACUAAGUUUUCUCCAAUCUAAAUAUCUAAAAUAAGUUUCAUUGAUCUAAGCUAAGUUUCGUUUGCAAGUUGAACAGCCCUGAGGGCCCUGCCAAAAAUUGGACUUCAGGUUAUGAAGCCACUAACUAGAAUAGUUUUCAAAUAGCAAUCAUCGCGCAUCCGUUUGAACGUCAUUUGCUGCGAUUUUACCCCUGCUAAAAAGACAAGAGAUUUUUGAUGGGCUUGCCUAAGUA